AUGACCAGCCCCUGUGCGAGUUACUAUGGCUCUGCCAAGUGCCGCAAUAGUGUCCCGAUAUUUGGUGCCCGGUGCGAUUUCUGUUUGACCGCAGGUGCUGGGAUGCCUAUGAACAACUUGCUGCCUCACCCCUCGACUCCAUUCAGCGAAUAUGCAAACCCCAUGAAUGAGAACGUACAGACCAAUAAGGCAGCUGCUAGUAAGGAGGGUAUGGCAUACUGGAAGAGAGCCUAUGCUGCUCCUUGGUCCGUUCAGAAACUUGUUUAUCCGGAUGAAUUGGGGAUUCUGAGACAACAAUGA